GCUCCCGGAGCGCGGGAAGCUCCGGCGGCCGCGGGCGCGGUGCUGCGCACGUCGCUUCCGGCUGCUGCGCAGUGGCGGCGGGCGGGGAGUUUGAAGCGGGAGCAGUAGCGGGAAGCUAUGCGGGAGGUGUUGCGCGGCCGCUCCGGCAACCAGCCGACUCCUGGCGGCCGGCCCCUCACCGCCGAACCCAUGGCGCUGGCCGGCCCUUCCUGGGCUCGCACCCGCGCAGCGCUGGGGCAGCUGGAGAGGGCGCUGAGCUGCUCCCGCUGCGGCGGCAUGCUGCGGGAGCCCGUGUCCCUGGGGCAGUGCGAGCACGUCUUCUGCCUAUCUUGUGUGGGUGACUGUAUUGGCAGAGAGUGCCCAGUGUGUUACAUACCAGCUUGGCUGCAAGAUGCACAGGUAAACCGGCAGCUGGAUACCAUGAUUCAGCUUUGCAGCAAACUGCGGCAUCUACUGGGGGCUGACACGUCGGAUUCAGCGGCAGAUACAUCCACAUCAACUGACUCAGGCUAUGGAAAAAAGAAUAAGAAGGAACAGGUGAAAAUGUGGUUCAGCCCAAAAAGUAGGAAGAUUCGAUGUAUCCUGAACGUGAGGCACUGUGAGACCAAAAGUGAUGACCUCUGCCAUGACACAUCUUCAAUUUAUGAUUUCUUUCCUUCUCCUCCUCACGACAAGCCCUCCAAGCCAACAAAAAAGCCAAGGCAGACACAUAGUAAGAAGAAGAACAAGAAGAAAAUUCUAGCAGACAUUAACAAAGUGUGGAGCUUAGAGAAGCCUGAACAGAAAGUAGUUGAGAAGACUCCCAAGCAGAAGCAUAUUAGCAUCUGCAGUCAACCAGUAGUCCUGUGCCCUCCAGAACCAAAUAGCCCUGAAGAGACUCUUCAGCAGGAGGCUGUAAAGGAAGCUGACUCCAUAAAAAAUACAGAAAAUGUGGAAAUAUCACCACAAGUGAAAUCCUCAACGAAGAAGGAUGACAAUGAGGCAGUGUGCCCUGCUACACAAGACAGCAAGGAAAAAAACAGUGCUACAGAGAUGUCAUUGUCAAUAGAAAAUGAGGCUACACCGCUGAAGCGUGGAAGGGAGCAAUCCAAACUUCCAGUUACCUCUCAGUCUAAAAGACAAAGACUAAGUGAGAGAGGCAGUAUUAAGAAGUCAGUCAGGCAGUCAGAUUGUGCAGAGGAGGUACCUCAGGGUUGUCCCAUCUCCCCAGCAACAGAACACAAAACACCAGUUCAGAUUUCUUCCUCUACUUUGAAACUUAGUGACACUGUAAUGAAGACAAGCAGCUCUGCAGCCUUUCAAGUAAUAAGCAGUCCCUCACUUUCAGAAUCUCCUACCUCAUCUACUUCUAAGACUUUUAAUCAAGUAGGAAUACCACACAGUCCUUCUGUCCUGAAAUCUCCUGGUGGUAACACAAUUACCAGAAGAAAUUACAAAGGAGAGACUCUGCUCCAUGUUGCUUCCAUCAAGGGUGACGUAGCAACUGUUGAGCAGUUGCUGAAAAAUGGGGCAGAUCCCAAUGUCAAAGAUAAUGCUGGCUGGACACCACUGCAUGAGGCCUGUAAUCAUGGGCACACCGAAGUGGUAGAGCUGUUGCUACAGCACAAGGCGUUGGUGAACACUACAGGGUAUCAGAAUGAAUCGCCGCUUCAUGACGCUGCCAAGAACGGGCACGUGAACAUUGCUGAGCUGCUGCUUUUGCAUGGUGCCUCCCGUGAAGCUGUUAAUAAAUUUGGUCUGCGGCCUGUGGACUAUGCACAAAGCGAAAAGAUGAAGUCUGUGCUAAUGUUAGAAGUGAAGAAUGAAUCAUUUUCACUUAAACAACCCUCUGAUGAGUCACUGAGCCCCGGCCAGCCAAGAGAUGGUCCAGUUGGUAUACUGGGGAGCAAUCUUAGUUUGAAGCAACAGAAAUUGCUGGACAAACUAGCAACAGUUCUGAAGGCUCAAAGGUAUACAGAAUUUAACAGCAGAGUAACUCACCUCGUAAUCCCUGAUGUUCCGAUGCCAAGCACUGCCAAGUGUAUGAUGGCUGUUCUCACUGGGUGUUGGGUCCUCAAGUUUGAAUGGGUUCAAGCCUGCCUACAAAGCAGAGUACGAGAACAGGAAGAGAAGUACGAAAUCCAAGGUGGCCCACGAAGAGGCCGGCUCAACAGAGAACAGCUGCUGCCCAAACUGUUUGAUGGAUGCUACUUCUAUUUUUUGGGAUCUUUCAGCCGUCACCAGAAGAAUGAUCUUGUGGAGCUGGUGAAGGCAGCAGGAGGACAAAUCUUGGUUAGGCAGCCCAAACCAGAGAGUGAUGUCACGCAGACGAUCAACACGGUGGCUUACCAUGCAGAAUCUGCUUCUGACCAGAGAUUUUGCACUCAGUAUAUUAUCUAUGAUGUGGCUUCUAAAUUCAAGCCAGAGAAAAUUCGUCAAGGCAAAGUCUGGAUGGCCCCCUCCAGCUGGCUUAUAGACUGUGUGAUGUCCUUUCAGCUUCUGCCUGUUAAAUGAGCAUCUCUGUCUCAUAAGAGUUUAAAAUGUGGUGAAUCUUGAGCAGCUGGAACACUCUGGUGGUCACUGGGCUGAAGAUGAUGACUUGUGUUUUAUGCUUAGGAGCAUGGAAGAGCUUUUGGCUCUUCAGAUAAGUUGCUAAGAUCACCACAGAUGUGCUGGAAUGAAUGAACAUUCAGUGGAGGAGAGAGGUAAAUACACUGCCUUGGGUUAUUCAGUAUGCUUUCUUUUCACAUUUAACUGCAGUAAUCGCUGACAGUUUGGAACUAAGAGGUUUGCAAAAUGAAGCCUUUUGCAUUCUUGAUGUAAACCAUCCCUUCCUAGGUGAUAGAGCAUUGCCUCCUUCCUUUUCCUUUGAGUAUCCAUUGACAAGGAUCUGCUGCCUGUUGUCCAGAUUUCUUAGCCAGGCCAAAGAUUGUAUCCUCAGAAAACCAAAAGGAGUAUGCAUCUGAACAUGGUAGUUUGCCUGUAUUGACAUCUUUUCUGUCAGGCACCCGUGAUGCUUCCUCUAAAUUCUUGCACCUCAAUUUUGCAGGGAAUUAUUGGCAUGAGAUAAGUCUUGCCUAAAUUAGAGUGGAGCUAGUGGUCCUAAUUCAUUUGGAAACAGACAGUUUUGAGAACACCACCUUUAAAAAUGUUGAUCUAAAAUUCCUUAUCUGUAGCAGGAGUGAUGCUUUACUUCUGUCCUCUUUUAUGCUUGAAAAUCCAUAACUCCAAUUCUAUUUUUCAAAGGUUUCUAGGCAUCAAAGUCCCUAUUAAGAUAAGAAUUUCUGUAAGUGUGGAUCAUGGUAACCUUAAUGAAAAAAAUAUUAAUGAUGACAAAAGAAUUAUGCCUUGCUUUGUACAAUUGCACUUAAACUCAGCAGCGUUCGAUUCUACGUAUUUAUUAUGCUAUUUGUCAUAAUUGGUCAGAAGUUCUGAUAAUCACUUCCUUGCUCUGUGCUUCUGUCAUGUCUCACAUCUAUUGUGUUGUCUUGGUUUGUGAAUUGAUAAUUUAAAAAUGGUGAGUUGUAAUCAUAUGCAAUGAGAAUAAUGGUUGUGAGGUGGGGGUUGGGCAACAAAAAAGUUUGUUGUUUGCUUUUGCAUUGCUUGUAAUAAUAAAACUUAGGUGCAAAUAA